UUGUCAAAUUUUGCUUCAUCUCAUCUCUCUCGCAAGAAACACUCUCUCCUCAACAAAUUAUCCUCGGCAAAUUAUCUCUAGCCAAAACACUUGGAGUUUUUUCUACUGAAUCUCCCUGCAAACAAACUUUCCUUGCUUUCCCAUUGAAGCUUUCCCAUUACUGCUACCAUUUAUUUCGAGCCAAACAAACACAAUCCAAUUGCCAAUUGCAAAUUGCAGCAGAUGAGAGGAAAAAAUGCUUCUGUACCUGCACUCGAGUACAACCCCCUUACUUAUAUGUUCGUGUACAUGGCAGCCAAUCACUAUUUUGCAUAUGAGCUAGAGAAGUCCUACUCAACACAGGAACUUUGCCAUCUUCUAGGAACUGUAAUUGUGAAGAAGGCAUGGGUGCAAUCUAUAUUGGGUGGGUCCUACUAUCAUAGGUAUGGUAAAUACUAGAAAAUUUUUUAUUACUUUCUAUACGAAAGUCACAUGUGCACACAGUGUGUAAACAAAACACAGUAUGAUGUUGAAGUUAUUGAUGCUGACCCUGUGAAAGUGGAGGAAAUGGCAAAAAAAAAGGAAAUUUUUGAUGAAGAUGAUGUCGACAAGUUGGAAGACAGGCCUCUUGUUCUAACCAUCAUGGGACACGUGGACCAUGGGAAAACCACACUUUUGGAUUACAUCAGGAAAAACAAGCAUCUGAAGCAGGUGGAAUUACUCAAGGCACGGGGGCAUAUGAUAGGGAGUAGAACGGAAAUAGGAUAACAGGUGAAAAUUGAGCAGAAAAGGGAUCCAGAGGGCAGAGCUUGUCUCAGGGGUCUUUUUGGCAAAAGGAGUAGUUGUGCCCAUUUUGGUAAAAUUGCGGAAGAGGGCAGCGGAUGGGGUGGUCUUCUAUUGCUGGAGAGCCGCUGCAAUAAAGGGGGGAAGAAGAGUUCAGCAUGGGACGUUCUGCUUUUUCUUUUCCUGUUAGACUUUUUGACCAAGGAACUCCUGCGCAUGGCAGGAGAGCUUAGCUCUAGACUUCUCCUUUGUAGUUUAUGGUAGUUUUUCAUUUUGGCUGCUGGACACGCAUGACAGGAGAAAGGAAUUGAAGCCCACUUUCUUUGACUUUUCCUUAUUGUACUUCUGGAGUGAAUUUGCUUUACGAAUACUAGGAACAAUUAGAAAGCUUCAAUUGU